AUGCUUAUCACGGAAUUUCGAAUUAUUUUGCCUGUGACAGUUGAAGAAUAUCAAGUGGCGCAACUGUUUGCAACUGCAAAAAUGUCCAAACAAAAUACCGGUGGUGGCGAAGGUGUUGAAAUUUUAGCCAAUCAACCGUUCGAAAAGCCCAUGUCGGAAGCCUUUCUCGGCAAAUAUCGUACAGGUCAAUACACCAAGAAAAUCUAUCAUCUCGGCUCACGCGUGCCAGGCUUUGUACGCUUAUUGUUUUCCGAUUCAAGUUUAUCUAUGCACGAAGAAGCUUGGAACGCUUAUCCAUACUGUAAAACAGUCUUAACCAAUCCGUACAUGAAGGAUAAUAUGAUUAUCGACAUAUCAACGUUGCAUGUAGCUGACCGAGGCGAAUCCGAAAACGUUCAUCAAUUGACCGGUGAUGAAUUAAAAAAACGAAAUAUUGUCUAUAUAAACAUCGCAGAUCCAGUCAGCCGAGCUGAUUAUAAAGAAGCUGAUGAUCCGGAGAAGUAUAAAUCAGCUAAAACCGGUCGUGGACCAUUACUAGCCAAUGAAAAAUGGCAGCAAACAUGUCAGCCAUACAUGUGUUGUUACAAACUAGUUCGCGAGAAAUUUAAAUGGUUUGGUCUUCAAACUCGCGUGGAAAAUUUGAUCAUGACUCAAGAGGAACGUUUAUUUCGAAAUUUUCAUCGACAAUUGUUCUGUUGCACAGAUGAAUGGUACGGUUUAACAAUGAACGACAUUCGAGAGUUAGAAGCACGUGCUGCGAAAGAAUUAGACGAUGAACGAGCAACCGGUGAGAAGAGGGGCCUCACUACCGAAGAAUAA